CAUGCGCGGUCUGGAUUUCGGGGAUGGUCUAUCGAUGGACUCAAGAUGGCGUCUCAGGCAAAAGCGCCAACAUAUUUACUGAAGUAGAUGUUUCAAAUCAGCCGCUUAAGCGGUAUUUGUUCAAGCCCCAAGGGGGUUCUGUGAAACAUGAAGACCUGGAGAAUGUUUUGGAACAGGAAUUGACCGGGAUUCAGACCAUAACAAAGUCAGCGAGAUGUGCGAGAGCUAUGCCCGGUCGCUGCUGCGUGUUUCGGUGGCGCAGAUCUGCCAGGCUCUGGGUUGGGAUGCGGUUCAGUUAACUGCAUGCGAUCUGCUGUCCGAUGUGCUGCACAGAUAUAUCCAGCAGUUGGCCAGAGUCUGCCAUCGGUAUUCCGAGCUCUAUGGAAGAACAGAUCCAGUCCUAGAUGAUGUCAGCCAGGCCUUCAGGCUGCUUGGUGUGAGUCUGAGUGAACUGGAGGACUAUGUGCACAACCUGGAGCCGGUUGCAUUCAUUCAUCAAACACCACUGUUUCCUGUGAGCAAAAACAAUGUCCUGCAGUUUCCCCAACCUGGAGCCAGAGAUGCAGAGGAAAGGAAGGAUUACAUUCCAGAUUACAUGCCACCCCUGGUCUCCCUGCAGGAAGAAGAGGAGGAGGAAGAGGACCUCGCUGAUAUGGGCACCUCAGCAGAAGCCAUGCAGGUAGCACUGGAAGAGGAUGAAGAGGACAUGGAUGAAGAUGAGACGGUCAACGACGAGAACCACCCUCUGAAGAGGCACCUGGAUAGUCCUGAUGCAGCUAAGGGCAUGAUGCCAACCUCCAAGAGACCCCGUAUGUACCCUGGCCUCAGCCCCGAGUGGGGCAUGGAGCCCAGGGAGCCCCUUACCUCUCUCAACCCACAACGUGUUCCCCCAGGCAUGCUGCCUUCUCAUGAUAGCCUUGUCCCCUUGUCACCUGAAACACCUUCUGGAGCCUUGCCCUCAUUCAGGCCUCAGCCAAUUGUACCAAAACACUCUGAUCAAAAGGUCCAUACCACUCCAGGAAGAAAGCCUAAGGCAUUGUCACCGGGAAGACAACGGACUAAAUCCCCUAAAGGGGUAAUUCCUGUUCCAGUGGGGAGUAGUCCCAUCCAUUCUCCAAAACCAUCUAAGGAAAGAAAGAAAUCCCCAGGCAGAACAAAGAGUCCUAAAAGCCCCAAGAGCCCAAAGAUGGGCUCUGCCAAAGCAUCUCAACCCCAGAGCAAGACGGACAUUGUGCAUAAGCUGCCGCUGUCUGCACUCAGUGAACGGAUGGGCAAAGAGAACAUCCAUAUGCGUCAAAAUUUAGAGGACAGGGAAUUGGCUGAAGGCCCCUUUAAGAAACUAGAGCCUGACAAUACAGCUAUCGAUGACUCCAUCGAUGCUGUGAUUGCCAGAGCUUGUGCUGAGCGGGAGCCUGAUCCAUUUGCCUUCUCCUCAGGCUCAGAUUCAGAUAGCAAUGGAUUCUCCAGCCCCAGGAGGCUGACCAUUAUGGAGCCUUCUACACCUAAAGUCCUGAUUGGGGCCAGCAACUUGCUUAAAGACACGUCAACACCACUUCACCUCCAGUCACAUACAGGACUGGGAAAUUGGACUAUGGAGGAUUCAAUCAAUGAGGUGAUUCGAAAGGUCAACCAAGGUGGGCCUUCGGCACCUCUGCCAAACCAAGGAGAAUAUGUGUCAUCAGGAUCUGCCUCACCGCCUACCCCUGAACCACUGCUCAAGGUGUUUGAGGAGAAGAACAAGAUUGUUCCAUCAGUAGAUGUUAAAAAGAAGCUGAAGAAGGAGCUUAAAACUAAAAUGAAAAAGAAAGAAAAAGAUAAACCAAAAGAUAAAGACCGGGAAAAGGACAAAGGUAAACUCAAAGAAAAGAAUAAGGACAAAAACAAGGAUAAGAACAAGGACUUUUCCAAGGAUGGAAAGAUGCCCUGGAAGGAGUUUGGUGUGAAGGAUGAUGAGCACUUUGGUCCUCGAGAUUUCACUCUGCCCGAAGGCUCCAUCAAGAUAAAAUCCAGAGAUGGUGAUGGUCCUAAAAAGGACAAGGAGAAACAUAAAGACAAAAAGAAGGAUAAAGAGAAAAGUAAGAAGGACAAAGAUAAGAGGGACAAGGGUAAGGACAGGAGUAAGGAGGACCGGCAGAAACAGCCUGCCUUGGCUCCUUUUGCUCUGGGGGAAGUCCCACCACUGUUCAGCCCCUCUGCCUGCCUUCGCAUGCCCCCCAUGUUGCCUCCUCUGGCCCCCAUUCUCCAAGAAAAGGACAUAAAGAGCAAGGAAAAGGACAAGAAGAAAGAAAAGAAGGAGAAAAAGAAGAAGAAAGACAAGGAAAAGGACAAAGAGCGAGAGAAGGCCAAAGAAAAGGAGAGGGAGAAAGAAGAGAAGCGGAAAGAAAAGGAGAGGGAAAAGGAAAAACGAGAAAAGGAGAAAGAGAAAGAAAAAGAGAGGAUAAGGUUGGAGAAGGUUAAAGUAGAAACUCCAGCUGCUCUGCCAUCUCCGGUCAUUCCCAGACUGACUCUCAGAGUGGGAGCUGGUCAGGACAAAAUUGUCAUUAGUAAGGUAGUCCCAAAUUCAGAGCCCAAAACACCAGCACCCAAGACGCCGGCUACCAAGUCUGGACCAGGAAAUCGGCCUCGGACACCACCGCCGCCACCCAUUCUCACCCCAGUUGCUCCCAUUCUGCCCCCUCCUGCCUCCCCGCUCCCCCCUGCUCCAGCUCCUUCAUUGCUCCUGUCUCCGGGGCCUCUGCUCUCGCCAUCUACUGCCCUCAAAACGCCGGUCCGAAGCGUAGUGACUGAGACUGUCAGUACCUAUGUGAUUCGAGAUGAGUGGGGAAACCAGAUCUGGAUUUGUCCUGGAUGCAACAAACCUGACGACGGCAGCCCCAUGAUAGGAUGUGAUGACUGUGACGACUGGUACCAUUGGCCUUGUGUGGGGAUCCUAACAGCUCCUCCAGAGGACCAGCCUUGGUUUUGUGUUAAAUGUUCCAGCAAGAAGAAAGACAAAAAACACAAGAAAAGGAAACACAAACCACAUUGAGACUAUGCAAAAAAAAAAAAAAGCACAUAUUUUGGACUUUCUUUGACUUAAAGCCAUCAUUGAACACUCGUGGCACUGCUGUAAAAUAAAGAAAAGAACUGUGGCUGAUGAUAAAUUCUGAUGAUUUUUGUACACAAUCGUAGCCAUGAGAUGAGUCUUUUCCCCAGCAUGUCCAUUCUCAGUUCCCAUUUUCAUCUCUAAGUGGAUUUGGUUGUCGUUUGGCAUUGUAUUAGCUCUUGACAGGUAUGUUUGUACAAGGAAACCACAACUUACACAAAAUCACAGACCUCUAUCAAGAAAACCUCCCCCUGGUCUGAUUUCUGCAGUAUCACUCAAAUAUCAUAUGUAUAUAACGCUGACGGCAUUGGGUGUGUAUAAACAUGUAAAUACCAACUUCCAAGCCAAGUGCAUUUUGUUCUUAGGAUUCUGGCUUGUUAAAUCCAUUUUCAGAUAUUGGUUUUUAACUCAGAUGAUUUUUCUGUAAUUUCUGUACAUUUUUUAAAUUUAAAGUUUGUAUUUUUAUUUUUUUCUUCACAUGGAUUUGUCCUGGAGUUAUACUGUAGCUGUGCUUGUAAUGUAAUUCAUUUUUCACUGUUAUUUCAAUAUUAAAGAUGAACAGCCUGUGCAUUUGCAGGCUUUAACACAUAAAAUCUCAUCAUAGUUAAAACUACCCAUAAUUUUAUGACUUUAUUAUGUUGUUUCAGCCUAGUAGCUGUUUGUUCGGAUUUCACUACAAAAAAAUAGAUUGAGAAUAUUUUAACAAA